UGACCGACCGUCAGUUGUAACAUGACCUUGACCUUGACCUUGUGUUGACCGAGUAGACAGAAUCCAUCCAAUGGAUAAGCAGGACGGAGAGGUACACAAUUCUAUAGUCUAGUGCAGUCUAUUGAGAGUUGUCACCACGUAAAGAGCGACAGUGACUAUGUUAUAGUUACGUUGAAUUUUGGUUGCGGCGUUGAGUAAUAAAGUGAUGUCACAAGAAUACUCCUCGAGAUCUUGUUUCAUGACACAUGUUGAACAAUCAGGUUUGCAGAAUGAGCAGUAUUGCCAGCAUAUCGUCAUUUGAUGACCUGUUUGGAAUCGGUCCAUUCCCAAUUGGUGAUGAAGACACAGUAGCGAAUGGUCUGGAGAACUAUGCUGACUAUGUGGACAGUCAGUCAUCUAACAUGGAAGAUAAUAAUUUGGUCUGUAGUGCAUUAGAGGAAAGGAAUCAGUCACCAGUGUAUGAAGAGUUGUGUGACUUCACAGUUGUGAGUGAUUAUUCAGACAGCACCCUACCACCUGCCUGUAUAGAGAAGAAGUGUAAGGACAAGAAAAUAAAGCUGAAGGAAGAGCAGCUAGAUCUGCAGUGUGGAUGGCGGGACUGUGAUCACCGCACCAGCAAUCUUGACCACUUUGUGCGCCAUGUCAGCUUCCACUUGCCACACCUAGAGGUCAAACUGAACAAGGAUCAGGAAGGUACUGGUUCUGUUGUGUUCCUUAGGAUCUUCCCUGCUUCCAGCAGUACAUGACAAUGUCAUUUGUGCAAUCAUAUGCUUGCUCAUAUCAACUUCUGUUCACUGUUAAAAUAUUUUAGAAGUAUUUAAUGGUUUGAAAAUAGUAGCAGAAAUGUGGAAAAUAAUGGAGUGAACAUUAACGCUUUGCAUGCCAUGAGGCAAUUCAAAUGAUUAAGAUUGCCACAAUCAAACAGAUAGGCUCAAUAUCAAUCACUUAGUACAGCAUUUCUUGUAAUAGAUGGGAUCACAUGUGCUGUACUCAUGUUUAGAGGAAAAAAUAGGCCAUGUUGGUGUCUGAAUCUGUGUUCAUUUGAAGGUGAUAUCAGGUUUUCUGUGCAACAGCAUUUACCCCCAGACACCCUUUGCUUUCCUAGCAGGGAGUUCUGUGGCAGGGCUUGGCACCCAGAGGGUUAGGGAUCUGAAGGAGGUAUUCAUGGCUUCAUCAGAAGAUCAUGUUGACUUGAGCCCAUUACAAAUAACAUUGACCAUGCAAACGGUUCUCUAUAAAACCUGCACCAGAGAACUCAGAGGUUAUUUUUAAAGUAGGUUAGGAAUUCCAUUAGUAAACGUUCUGUGCUGUAUAUCUCAGAGCAGAAUGGAUGCACUCUUGUUAUUUUCUGUAGUUGUCAAGGGGAAACAUCAUGAAAUUACAAGAACAAGGGUCAUUGCAAGCAACAGAUACACUGCAUGAUAGAAGUAACUUAGAGAGAAACUAGAUUUCUUGCUGCUGUGAGCAUAGUUGAAUGUUCAGCGUCUGUAUGAGGUGACAGUAUAUGUGAAAACAAAACAUAUUAACCUGAAAAUAAUCUGGUUCCCUUGAGGACAGUAAUAAGAUAGAACUGGGUUUGUGUAAGGGGAUUGGAUUAAGCUGGUUUAAUAAGUGGAUGUUAAUGUUAUAGUGAGAAACCAUCAGAUUCUAUAGCGUUCAGAGCUUUAGGAGAGCCAGUUCUUUUGUUGCUCUGAAGACCCUAUUCUGAUCAAAAUCACUUUGGUUCAUCUAAUCAGAGCCUGUUUCCCUAACAGUUAUAUCAUUUUGGUAUACCUGCUCUGUCCUUAUCUCCUAAGUUGUUUUUUUUUUGUGUGUGUGUGAAGUUUUAAAGCCAAAAUUUUGCAUGCAAUUUUCCUGUUUUUGUUUUACAUGACUCAACUCUUUCAACGUCUUUGGCUGAAACACUGUAACUGUGGUAGGUGGAGAGAACAGUGAAGCUCUUUCUUUUGUAGUUUUCUCAGUUCUGAGCCAUGCAUCUUACUUAGGCUCCGUUCAGUGGCUUCUCUUCCUACCCCACCUUUUUUUUUCUUUCUUUUUUUUUUUCUCCUCCUUGUGU